UUAAUUUUCUGCAACUUUGGGCGAAUUAGCUAGUCCCCUCCAUUGUCCCCAUAAGAAACUUGGGACUUGGAAACCGUUUACAGGUUCUGUGUGAAGAAUUCCUGAAUGCGAACAUGAUCUAUAGCAUCUUCCACAAAGCAAUCCAUGGUGGAUCAGGUCAGGAGCUCGAUGAUGAUAAGAAUUCGACCAUGAAAAAGAAAAAGUCUGAAAUGCCAAGUCAGCAAUCUGGGCGUUUUCAAGAUUCAAGUGGGGCUUCAGGGGAGAAACGGUCAGAUGAACCAACCACGAACAAAUCCGCCACACAAUGUACUGUUAUGUGUGUGUAUCUAACAAAAAUUGCAGGAAUGUGUCGCAAUGUUACGGUUACAUGGUGCAAGAAUCUCAUCAACCAUUCUCUAAACAUCUCAGUAGAUAAUCCUGGAGAUAAAGAAACAAAUUACACCUGCAAGAUUGACCUAAAGCCAUGGCAUUUCUGGAGCAAGAAGGGAUUCAAAUCAUUCACUGUAAGUGGAAAACGAGUAGAUGUUUUCUGGGAUCUACGUUCUGCGAAAUUCUCAGGUAGCCCAGAACCAAAUGGAGAUUACUACGUAGCCUUGGUUUCAGAUGAAGAGGUGGUUUUGUUACUGGGAGAUUCUAAGAAAGAAGCUUAUAAGAGAACAAAAUCAAGACCUUCUUUAAUAGAUGCAGUAUUAAUCUGCAAGAAAGAGAAUGUAUUUGGUAAGAAAUGUUUUUCCACAAGAGCUAAAUUUGAUGAGAGGAAGAAAGAACAUGAUAUUGUGGUAGAGAAUUCGAUAACUGGACCAAGAGAUCCUGAAAUGUGGAUUAGCAUAGAUGGGAUAGUGUUGAUCCAUGUUAGAAAUCUGCAAUGGAAAUUUAGGGGAAAUGAGACAGUGAUAGUGAACAAAACACCAGUUCAAGUCUUUUGGGAUGUUCAUGAUUGGUUGUUUAGCAGCAAUGGAUUAGGACAUGGUGUGUUCAUAUUCAAACCAGGUGCACCUGAGUAUAGGAUUGAUCAAGACUUCAAAGAUGGAAGCAGCAGUGUCUGCAGUGGUGAUAGUAACAGUGGGAGUGCAUAUUUCUCCACGCAGAGUGUUCCAACAUCACCAGAUUUUUGCCUGUUCCUAUAUGCAUGGAAGCUUGAGUGAGAGAUGAUGAUGAUGAUCAGUCUCUGAGACUCAUACAGGAUGGGUUUUAU